AUGGUCCUUCGUCAUGGUCCGUCACCAAGUAAGCAAGCUCGUCUCCUCACGUCCACGAAUACUGGCUCCUUGAUUCGUUCACGAUCUGGAGAACAUACUGCUGCCACAACGACCGGAAGGCACCUUUCGACUGGGACGCAUGUAGAAGACGAGUCUGCUGAGGCCACAGCGCAACUGCUGGCCAGUGGUGUCGGUGAGAUUGAACCAGAUUCUGGUUCAGCUCUACUGCCAGGACCAACGGAAGAGGUUUCUCUGACUGAUAGCAUCUCAACGGUCGCAAAACGCACUAACGGUCUGAGCGUUGUGGCAACAACCAGUGUGACAGGCGCAGCUAACUCCACCCAAGUUUCUUGGUCCUCGUCCACUUCAAGCAGCACAGUCAUGAAGUUUUAUCCAACUCGUCGCGACUCUUUGGCAAUAUUUUUCCGUCAGCUGUAUAUAAUCGCCAGUGUUCGUUUGCGCGAUCUUUGUGAUCGUCUAAAUUUGCAAAGAGAUAUACUGACCAAGGUUUGGACAUGCGUCGAAUAUGCAAUCGUUCACGAAACGGAACUGUUACGUGAUCGCUGCUUGGAUCAGAUCCUACUAUGUGCUCUCUACGGCGUUUGCAAAACCAUGCUUUACCGUCCAUUGACUUUUAUUGAUAUAAUUCAAGUAAGUGUAUUUUAUUGUUCUGUUAUUACUGAUAGCUUUAUCCGUAGGGCGAAUAUAACCGGGAUGAGUAUCAUCAUACAUAUCAUUACAUAUUUCAACACUCGUUUGAGUUCAAACCUGGUGUCGUAA